GACUAUCAUGUCCUCUUCUUUCAUGACAUCUUGACAUUCUUUCUGAACCAUAGAAUCCCAGACGUUAAAUUAUCUCUAAAUCAGAGUCAGGAAAGAGAAGGAAGAAAAGAAAUGGUAUGGGGGUUGAGGUUCUGUGGACAGGAAUAUGUCCUGUGUGUUACAGUUAAAUCUCCACGCUAGCAAAGAUGGAGCUUGUCAUUGUGCUUGCUUUACUUAUUCAAACUUCUUUUAGCACCAGUUGGACAGCUUCAAUAUCAGAAACAGGAACAAGAAUGAACAGAAGGAUUGCUAUUCGGUGUUGCUUUACUACAACCCUGUGCAAGUCUGCAUCUCAGUCUACUUGAAGCCUACUACUACUUCAAGAGGAAGCUGUACCCACUACUGUAAACAUGUCUAUCAGGAAGAAAGAUCUCAUUUCCAAUGCUAUGAAGAAAACUAGUGAUUGGAUUUUCUCUCAAGAGAUACCAAGUGAUGUCACAGUUCAUGCAGGUGGAGCAUCUUUCACAUUGCACAAGUUCCCACUGGUCUCAAAGUGUGGAUACAUACGGAAAAUAGUCUCUGAAGCUAGUGAUGCUGGUGUGUCUCUCAUUGAGAUCCCUGAUCUUCCAGGUGGAGCAGAAGCAUUUGAACUCGCAGCUAAAUUCUGUUAUGGUAUAAACUUUGAGAUAAGUGUAGAGAAUAUUGCGAUGCUCAGAUGCUCGGCAGAGUACCUCGAGAUGACAGAGGACUAUGCGGUUGGGAACCUAGUGGGUAGAACAGAGGACUACUUAAAUGAAGUGGCACUGAAGAGCCUUCCUGGGGCUAUUUCUAUUUUGCAUCAGUGUGAAAACCUCCUUCCUGUGGCAGAGAAGGCAAAAGUGGUCAGCGGAUGCAUAGAUGCUGUGGUUUAUAUGGCCUGCAUGGAUAGUAAAUUUGGUCUGCCCCGUAGGGAUGAAAAUAGACUUGAGAAUGUCAAUUCUUCAACUGUAACUCACUAUAAACCCAUUGAGGAUUGGUGGGCUGAAGACCUAACUGUUCUCAGGAUCGAUAUGUUUCAACGUGUUCUUAUGGCAAUGUUGGCAAAAGGCUUUCAAAAAUAUGCACUUGGUCCAAUACUCAUGCUCUAUGCACAGAAAUCUCUCCGAGGUUUGGAAAUAUUUGGAAAGGGAAGAAAAAAAAUUGAGCCAAAAGAGGAAUAUGAGAAGAGGGUCGUUUUGGAGACAAUUGUGAGUCUAUUGCCCACGGAGAAGAAUGCACUGUCUGUUAGCUUUCUCUCCAUGCUGUUACGUGCAGCAAUAUAUGUUGAGACAACAGUUGCUUGCAGGCUUGACUUGGAAAAGAGGAUGGGCCUGCAACUUGGUCAGGCAGUGCUGGAUGAUCUCCUAAUACCAUCCUUCUCCUUCAAUGGGGAUACAUUGUUUGAUGUUGACACAGUGGGACGGAUCAUGACGAAUUACUUAGAAUAUGAAAUGGACUCAUGUUAUAAUGUGGAUGAUGACUAUGUAUCUCCUCCUGCUGGAGACAUUGAGUGGGUAGGAAAAUUAAUGGAGAGUUACCUUGCUGAAAUAGCUUCAGAUCGCAACUUAUCUGUUUCGAGGUUCAUCAGUCUUGCUGAGUUGAUUCCAGAAAAAGCAAGAAUUACAGAAGAUGGCAUAUAUAGAGCCAUAGAUAUCUACUUGAAGGCUCAUCCUGCUUUGAGUGAAAUGGAGAGGAAGAAGGUUUGCAGCUUGAUGGACUGCCAGAAGCUGUCACGGGAGGCCUGUGCUCAUGCGGCUCAGAAUGAUCGGCUCCCUGUUCAGACUGUCGUUCAAGUUCUGUACUAUGAGCAACAACGUCUUCGAGAUGUCAUGAAUGGCAGUGGUGUGGGUGGAGAAUCUCCUGCUCUUCCCCAGAAAUUAAAUUUGUAUUCCACAGAUUACCAGCCAGCACAUGAUGAGCUCUCAAGCUUAAGGAGAGAAAAUGAGGACCUGAAAACAGAGUUGGUGAGGAUGCAGAUGAGGUUAAAAGAAGUUGAGAAAUCACCCGCAAGCAGUCAACUGAGGGGCAAUCCAUCUUCUGACAAGACACCAGUGCCUCGGAAGUCAUUUAUCAACUCCAUGUCAAAAAAACUUGGGCGGCUGUAUCCCUUUGUGCGGUUGGAUGGAGUCAAGCCUUCUGAUUCCAAAGGUCGGUCAAAGCCAAGCAGAGAUCGACGACAUUCCAUCUCCUAAGUUUUUUUUUUUGAUUAAUAUCUCCUAAGUCACCCAUCUAUUUCUGUGCAUUAUUGAGUACACUGUCAGUUUCACUUAUCUUUCAAGGCUUGAUGGAUUAGUAGCCUUCUGUUUCUUCAGUUAAGCAAAUAUUUUGUAAAUUAUUUCUUUAUUCUGUCAAACUCUCAAGAAAUUUCAAAUUGAUGAAUAGAAAGGAGAAAACUUGUUAUUUGGA